UCAUGCACGUCCGGAGCUACAGCUGUGCCCCUGCCCGUAAGGUUGAGAGGCUGACAGGGGAGGAGAUCUCGAAUGCACACAUUUCCCUUCUAACCUUGUCAAACCCGACUGUGAUCUGCUUGUUCCCACUGCCACCAGUGAACACCACUCCCAAUGGCUUGCAGUGUCCAGUGUGCUUCAGCCUUGGAUCUUAUGAGUGUGGCAACGAGAUUGUGUAUUGUACCGGGUCUGAGACCUACUGCUUUGAUUUCACAGGGACACUUGUCAUGGGCAGCUCUCUCCAGUGUAAAGUUUGUGAUGGGUUUACGCAAGACUGUUCUGGCCCCAUGCAGACCUGUGAUCCUGACCAAGAUACCUGUGGUAUUAUCAAAGGUGAAGGGAUUUUCGGCGGAGUGAAGAUCCUGUUGAACGAGAAGUCCUGUGUCACAUCCAACAUGUGUCGCAACAGUCAUUUUAGCUUUUUUUUGGAGCAGGGAAUAAGACUCAGAAGGAGUAUCGCCUGCUGCACCGGGGAGGCCUGUCGAACAGUAUCUGUGCAGUUGCCACCACUGAACACCACUCCCAAUGGCUUGCAGUGUCCAGUGUGCUUCAGCAUUGGAUCUUCUGACUGUGGCAAUGGGAUUGUAAAUUGUACUGGGUCUGAGACCUACUGCUUUGAUUUUGCAGGGGUAUUUCACAUGGGUAAGUUUUAUUUAUUCUGUGCUGUCAUCUUUUGUUUAAGCUUAUGAAUCCCAUUGCAAAAAAUGCAUCCAAGAGAAAUAAAAGGAGACUACUAUAAAGGAAGUAGUGCUGAGGACUAUUAAAUAAAAGGAAAAGGGGAACACGUCUAAGGCCACGGGUGAGAAGGACCUGGUUGAAAAAACCUCCUCAUCUGACAUCAGGGGUGUACUUGGUAGCCGUGUUGGUCUGAGA